GACAGUCUUAAAGACCUAAAUGAGAGAUCCAGCAUGGAGACACAGAUUAUGGAAUUUGGCCAAACACCAAGACAGUUGUUUGUUACCCCUCAUCCACAGAGAUUCUCUAGUAUGGCAGUACCCAAAACAACAACAUGCACAGCUCACUCUAUUGACUCGAAAGAUGCAGCCACAGGGGAAUCUGAGUUUAAAGGUAAAGUAUACUCUCAAGAAAAUUAUAUUCAUUUAUAUAUUAUUAUAUUGUUAAAAGUAUUUAUUUAUAGCUUUUGA